AUGUCUUCCCACUGUUUUAUCUAUUUAUCUAUUCCAAGCUUUUUUUUCUCUUCUUUUCUUUUAUCAGACUCUUAUUCGCCUUCUCCCCCCGCCUCGUUUCUCUUCUUCUUUCUCUCGAUUUUAUUAUCUACUUCUCUCUCUCUCUCUGUCCUUUUUUACUGUCUCUCUUUUAAAGUUGGCUAUAGUUCUUUCUUUCUUUCUUUCUUUUUCAAUUUCUCACACUUUUUCCUUCACUUUUUCUCUUUCUUUACUUCUUCCUGUCUCUCUGUUUUUCUCUGCCUCUCUAUUUCUUUCUCUCUCUCUAUUUUUCUCUCCAUUCUUUGUCGUAGUCCCUGUCCGACAUUAUCGUUCUCCUUUCACCUUUUACUUGUUCUUUCACUCUCACUCUCUCUCUCUUUCUCUCUCUCUCAGUCUCUCUCUCUCUCUCUUUCCUUUCUUUUCCUCUCUGUUUGUCACCACCUUUUGUUCUGUCUCCAUAUCUUUCCCUCUUCUUUCUUUUUCUCACUCCGUUUAUUUGGCGGGCAAAAUUAA